CGACGCUUAGCUUUAUUUUGAAAUCGUACGGGAAACCUUCGAGCGGAAGACGUGCGCGCGUGACGCCGUCAAUGACCGCGUUUCCGGAAAAGGAGGAGGAGGACGGGACGCGCCGAGCAGAACGGAGCGAAGCCGAACGCCAGCGAACCGAACCGAAGAAGAUCCAGCAUGAACGAGACGGCGGGUUUGCGCUUCCGGAGGCAAAACAGGAACAACGUCAUCACGGACACGCGCGCGGAGCACGUGCACAAGGGCAAGGGGACUUACAGCGGCCGUGUCUUCCGGGUGACGUUGCUGUCGCUGGGCGGCUUCCUGCUUUUGCCGCUUCUCGUCGUCCUGCUCGUACUGGAGUCGCCUAUCCGGCCCGACAUCCUGAUUCUGAAGGAUCCACCCCCCAUGACGGGCUGCUGGGAACCCAAUACCAAGCUGCGUUUGGCCACCAGACUCUACGAGGACGCCAUUGCCGGUCCGGAAUCGAUGGCGAACAUCGGAGAUGUUAUUUACAGCGGCACGGCUGACGGAAGGAUUGUCAAGCUCAUCGGACGGAGGGUUUUCACACUGGCCAGAUUGGGAAAAACACCCUGUGGAUCAGCGGCGGACGAGACGACCUGCGGGAGACCCCUGGGGAUCAGAGUAGGGCCCAAUGGGACUUUGUUUGUAGCUGACGCCUACCUGGGCAUCUAUGAGGUCAACCCCACCACAGGCGAGUCCACUCAGCUGGUGUCGGGAGGUCAGGAGGUUGGCGGCAGGAAGUUGCUGUUCAUCAACGACCUAGCGGUGACGCAGGACGGCAAGAGGGUGUACUUCACCUCCUCCAGCAGCAGGUGGCAUCGCAGAGAUUACCUUCACCUCAUCAUGGAGGCCCCGGCCGACGGACGGGUUUUGGAGUACGACGUGGAAAGCGGAGAAGUGAGCGUGGUGAUGGACAACCUGCGAUUCCCCAACGGCAUUCAGUUGCUUCCCGACGAGGAGUCCGUCCUGGUCGCCGAGACCGCCAUGGCCCGGAUACGAAGGGUCCACGUGGCGGGUCUUAACAAGGGCGGCAUGGACAACUUCGCGGACAACCUUCCCGGUUUCCCCGACAACGUCCGUCCCAGCUCGGGCGGCGGCUACUGGGUGGCCAUGUCGGCCGUGCGCCCCAACCCGGGCUUCUCCAUGUUGGACUUCCUGUCGCAAAGACCCGCUCUCAAGAAACUCCUCUUCAAGCUCCUUAGCCAGGACGUGAUGAUGAAGUUGGUACCCCGCUACAGCCUGGUGGCCGAGCUGCAAGACGGCGGGGUUUGCCGGAGGACCUUCCACGACCCCGACGGCCUGGUGGCGGCGUACGUCAGCGAGGCGCACGAAUACGACGGCAGCCUCUACUUGGGCUCCUUCCGCUCGCCGUACUUGGCCAAACUGGACCUGAGCCUAGUGUGAUCCCACUCGUUAAAACUUUCCAAGGAUGAAAUCCUGCCACUUGUAUUUGUUCAGCAAGAAAUCAGUUCAAAAAGAUCAGCUUUUUUGUGUGCAAAUGUAUUGAUUUUUUUCCCAAGUCUCAAUUUGUACAUAAAGUCGAAGAAUGGGUCAAAGUAUGAAAAAAAAUGUGACUUAUACAGUGAUAUGGAAAAGUAUCUGAACCUUUUGGAAAUUCUCCAGUUUUUGCAUAAAAUGAUCUUUGUCAAAAUCACACAGAUGUAAAAACAGUGUCUACUUCAACUAAAACCACCCAAACAUUUAAAGGUUUUCAUAUUUUAAUGAGGAUAGCAUGCAAACAAUGACAGAAGGGGUAAAAAUAAGUAAGUCAACCUUCUGCCUAAUAGCAACUGAAACCAAUUUUCACCAAACAAUUAAAGUCAGCUGUGUGUCCAAUCACUAAUAUUUGGUUUAAAGCUGCCCUGCCCACUAUAAAACACACACCUGGUAUGAAUUGUCUCGAUGAGAAGCAUUGUCCGAUGUGCAUCAUGGCUCGGUCAAAAGAGCUGUCUUCAAGACCUGCGAUUAAGGAUUGUUGAUUUGUAUAAAGCUGGGAAAGGAUACAAAACCAUCUCUAAAAGGCAGGAUGUUCAUCAAUCGACAGUCAGAGAAGUUAUCUAAAAACAAGAGAGGGUUUGGCACUGUUGCUUCACUCACAAAGAGCGGCCGCCCACCAAAGAUGACGACAAAAGUUCAGCGCAGAAUACUCAGAGAGGUAAAAAAGAACCCUAAAGUGUCUCCUAAAGACUUACAGAAAUCACUGGCGCAGUCCAAUAUCUCUGUGUACACAUCAACUAUACAUAAAACUAUGGCUAAGAAUGGUGUUCAUGGGAGAACUCCACGGAGGAAGCCACUGCUGUCUAAAAAACAUUUUUGGUCGUUUGCAAAAAGGCACUUGGACACUCCACAGAAGUUUUGGCAAAAUAUUUUGUGGACUGAUGAAACCAAAGUUGAAUUGUUUGGGAGUAGCACACAACGUCAUGUGUGGAGGAAAAAUGGAACAGCUCAACAACAUCAACACCGUGAAGCAUGGUGGAGGGAGCAUCAUGAUUUGGGGCUGUUUUGCUUUCUCAGGGCCUGGACAACUUGCAAUCUUUAAUGAAUUCAAAAGCUGCAAGAAAACCUGAGCCCGUCUGUCAGACAGUUGAAGCUAAAAAGAGGAUGGAUGCUGCAACAAGACAAUGAUCCAAAACACACAAGUAAAUCAACUUCAGAAGAACAAAAUACAUGUUCUGGAUUGGCCAAGUCAAAGUCCAGACUUGAACCCCAUUGAGAUGCUGUGGCAUAACCUAAAGACAGCGAUUUAUGCCAUACACCCCAGGAAUCUGACUGAACGACAGCAGUUUUGUAGAGAAGAAUGGACCAAGAUUAGUCCUGAUCGAUGUGCCAGACUGAUCUGCAGCAACAGGAAGCGUCCGGUUCAGGGAUCUGCAACCCUGGUCCUCGAGAGUCGCUAUCCAGCUUGUUUUCCAUGUCCCCCUCCAUUAACACACCUGAAACAAAUGAUCAGCUCAUCACCAAGCUCUGCAGGAGCCUGAUGACGAGUUUGAUUUUUGAUUCAGGUGUGUUUAAAGACGGACACAUGGAAAACCAGUUGGAUAGCGGCUCUCGAGGACCAGGGUUGCUGACCCCUGGUCUAGUUGAAGGUAUUGCUGCCCCAAAAGUUUAGAUAUAAUGGUUCACUAAUUUUCCCCCUUCUGUCAUUGUUUGCAUACUAUCCUCAUUAAAAUAUGAAAACCUAUUAAUGUUGUUGAAAUUCGCCCCCCCGGCCCAGACGGACCCGGUAACAGCACCAGCCAAAACAAGUGCCGCUCGGCUGACGCUGCCUCGCGUGCGCCCGCCGGGAAGGCCGAAUCUCGCGCGUCCUCUUCUUAUUUUAACUCUUUGUGCUGACUCCAUGUUUCAAAAGUUUGAAGAACACUCACCGAAAACAGGUUGACAAUUUAUUCGUCGACAAUGGUAAAACCAAGGCCAAAACAGACGACGGAGGGACAAUUCUGGAUCCAAAACAAGGCUACAUGUUUCUGAGCAGCAAAAAUCUGUGUUAUCUCAGUGUCCAGUCUUUUUAAAGUCUUUGCUGAGGCGGGCCGUGUCGAAGGCGUUUCUGAGCGUUGCUUUUGGGUCUUCCCCUCUGUGGCCGGUUUCGGGCGGGUUAGGUUCGUGCGCGGAUUGGGACGCCCGCUAUCAACUUUGCUGUCCGGCCUGGUUGUACUUGUUUUAGGACAAAGCGCUUUGUCCUUGGAGUUUGCUGGGAGAGCUGAUUGCAAGAGUUGGUGCGUCAAUCUUGUGAUAAGACGGCAUUGUGUAUCUCUUCUAUUUCUUCUCAUUAAACUAUGGUGUGCUAUUUAUUUUAUAUUAGUCGUGUAGUCCUACCGUAAAUAUGAAAAUGAUACUAUUUCUUGAUUAAUUAUAUUACGUGUAGAGUAAUGCAAACAGUUAGACGGUGCAUACGAGAACCUGUACCAUAUGUAUGUGUUAGACUAUACAUGUGUUAGACUAAUGCAAACAAUUAUAUGGUGUGUGCGAUGACGAUAUCUUUUCCCCUUCAAUGUUUGGGUGGUUUUAGUUAAAGCAGACACUGUUUUUUUCAUCUGUGAGAUUUUGACAAAGAUCAGAUCACAUUUGAUGAUGUCAUGCAGAAAUGGUUCACUUUUUCAUACCACUGUACAAAGGAAAAAGCGGGGUUUUUUUGUUGUUGUUGGAAAUAUUAGGUCAAUUGCAGUGAAACAUGAUCACUCAACGCCAGCCUUCCCAGGUGAAAUGGAUUUGACGGCAAGAGCUGUCAAUGGCAGUCUGUCAAUGGAUAGGAAUGCUUAAUAAUAAUAAUAAUAAUAAUACAUUUCAUUUCAAAGCGCUUAAGGGUGUAUCGGAUAACUUCCUGUUUAUAUUGGGUAACUUCCUGUUGUGGGGUAGCUUCCUGUUGAUUUGGGGGCAUUUCCAGGUCACUUCCUAUUCAUAUCAGGUCAUUUCCUGUUGAUUUUGGGGCACUUUGGGGUCACUUCCUGUUGACUGCAGGAUACUUGUUACUUUGGGGAUGUUUACAAUGACAAUAUGCGAUUCUGUUCUACUUCAGAGUCUCUUCCUGUUGAUUUUGGGCCAUUUGGGGUUACUUCCUGUUUAAAUUGGGUCACUUCCUAUUGAUUUGUAGGCAUUUCGGGGUCACUUCCUGUUGAUUUUGUGUCAUUUGGUAUUUACUUGCAGAUUUUGGGUCACUUCCUACUGCUUUUGGGGCACUUUGGGGGUCACUUCCUGUUGAUUGCAGGUUACUUCUUGUUAAUUUUGGGGUAUUUACAAUGACAAUAAAGGAUACUGUUCUGUUUCAGAGUCUGUUCCUGUUGAUUUUGAGGCGUUUGGGGGUCACUUCCUGUUGAUAUUGAGUCAUCUUCUGUUUCUAUCGGGUCACCUCCUGGUGAUUUUGAGGUACUCCAGGGUCACUUGGUUUUCUUGUACUACCAGUACCUGUACUUGUGUGUACUUGCACUUUAAAUCUCGUUGUACUCUGUACAAUGACAAUGAAGGCUUUCUGUUCUAUUCUACUAGUGCGCGUGUAAUUUUACUAUAAGUGCCUGUACCUACGUACAAUGCUACAAUGAUGUGUUCUUGCGUGUAAUUGUACUACUACUACUACAUUCAGUUGCACUGCUAGCACAUGUAGUUGUGUGUACUGUAACUACAAGUGCUUUUACUGGUGCUACAUGUGUUCUUGCGUGUACUUGAAUGACAAGUGCGUGUACUGGUACUACUAGUUCAUAUACUUGCAUGUACUUGUACUAAAUGUACGUGUGUCAUUUUGCUACAACUAUGUGUUCUUGCCUUUAUUUGUACUACUAGUACAUGUAAUUGCACUAC